AUGGACUCCCCGUCACUUCAGAAGCAGCUGGCGUGCGACAGUGCCGCCGUGAUGAGGGUUUUGGGAAUGGCUCAGGUGUUAGCCGCUGGUGGUUCGGGCUCGGCCGAGGCCGUGAAGAAGGCAGAAGCGGCUAAGAAGGUUGCCGAGGAGAAGAUGAAAGUCAUGGAGACGGACCGCAAGGAGCUGAAGAAGAAGAUCGACUUGGCUCUGAAGCAGAGGGACGGGGAGAUUGCGGAGUUGAAGAAAAAGCUUGCCGACUCUGAGCUUAAGUGGGCUUCUUCGGCAGAUGAGUCGCCGGAUGUGGCUGCUCUGCAAUCCAGGGCUGAGUUUGUGGAGAAAGUGGACGGCCUGAAGAUAAGCUUGGCCGACAUGGCUGAAGUUGGGUUCGAACGCGCCGUUCAUCAGUUGAGGCUUCUGAACCCCGGCCUGAAGGAGGACAACAUCGGCCUUUCUUCGAAGAUUGUGGACGGUGUGCUGGUGCCCGAGUCCCCUGAGAGUGACGAGUAG